CACAAGACCCCUUAUCCAACCACACAUGCUUUCAACUCCACACGUCACCUCUCUUCCCUUCCAAAUUCCCAAUCUUUUUCUCUCUUUCAACUACUCUAUAUGCUGAAUGCCCAAAAAAAAGAAUGCCCACAAACGGCCAUUCUUGUUUCACAAAUUCAAGCCGUUAUCUUGAAAGAUAAAACUCUCUUAGCUGUUAAAUUCAUAGAAGAUGCAAGCUCAUUGAAAAUGUCAAUGAAUUAAGGCGGAUAGAUUCAUGAUUCUCUCCAAGGAAUAUCAGUAGUGAACCAUGGCUUUCCCGCUAUACUCGGGAGUGCUUUCCAAUGGUGAAAGCAAAUUACUGCACGAUAAAUCGAAACUAGUUAGUAGUUGUGAAAGGUUUGGCUGCAGUAGCAGAGCUGAUCUCAACGGCGGCAAUCUAAUGGUAAGAGUAGGUUCGGGUAAAUGGAACCUCCGGUACCUGAAGCUGUUAAAAACUCAUCAGUUUCGUGAAGGGUUGGGCUCGAGACAGUCGCCCAUAGGGACGGGGAAGAGUGCUCCUUCGAACCGUGGGAUUAGCUCAGUCAUAGCUGAGGUGAGGAAGAAACUACGUUUCCCAGAGGCGUUGACUCUUGAUUUUUGGAAGAAACGGAGCUAUGUCGAGGGAGCAGCAAUCGUGGUGGCGUUAGCACUGAUGUUGGCUCCAUCAGCUGGGGCUGUGGAUGCUCUAAAAACUUGCACUUGCUUGCUGAAGGAGUGCAGGUUAGAACUUGCAAAGUGCAUUGCGAAUCCUUCAUGUGCUGCCAACGUUGCGUGCCUCAACACCUGCAACAACAGGCCCGACGAGACUGAGUGCCAGAUAAAGUGCGGAGAUCUGUUUGCAAACAGCGUUGUGGACGAGUUCAACGACUGUGCAGUCUCACGGAAGAAGUGUGUGCCUCGUAAAUCCGAUCUAGGCGAGUUUCCCGCACCAGAUCCGGCAGUUCUAGUGCAGAACUUCAACAUGAGUGAUUUCAAUGGGAAGUGGUUCAUAAGCAGUGGCUUGAAUCCUACGUUUGACACUUUUGAUUGCCAGCUGCACGAGUUCCACACUGAGGGCAGCAAGCUCGUGGCGAACUUGACAUGGCGGAUCAAGACUCCGGAUACCGGCUUUUUCACUCGAACAGCGGUUCAGAACUUCGUCCAAGAUCCUAAAUAUCCGGGGAUAUUAUACAACCACGACAACGAGUAUCUUCACUACCAAGACGACUGGUACAUUCUCUCAUCCCAAGUGGAAAACAAACCCGACGACUACAUAUUCGUCUACUACCGCGGCCGGAACGAUGCGUGGGACGGCUACGGCGGCGCAGUGAUCUACACCAGAAGCGCGGUCCUGCCCGAGAGCAUCGUGCCCCGGCUAGAGAAGGCGGCCAAGAAUGUCGGCCGCGACCUGAGCCAGUUCAUCAAAACGGACAAUACGUGUGGGCCCGAGCCCCCCCUUGUCGAGAGGCUGGAGAAGACGGUGGAGGAGGGCGAGGAGAUCAUCGUGAGGGAGGUCGAGGAGAUCGAGCAGGAGGUUGAGCUGGAGGUCGCAAAGGCGGAGAUGUCGUUACUCGAGAGGCUUAUGAAAGGGUUCCAAGAGCUGAUCAAGGACAAAGAUUACCUCCUACAAGAGCUGAAUAAGGAAGAGAUGGAUCUGUUGAGUGAGCUGAAAAUGGAGGCAACUGAGGUGGAGAAGCUCUUUGGUGGAGCUCUGCCUUUGAGAAAACUUAGGUGAAUGUUUAUAUAGUUGAAAGAAAAAGCUACAUUGAUUUUUAUUACCAUUUUGUUUCAAGACUACUAAUGUAUAUAUAGUUCAUUCAUGAUACAUUAUAGUACUAUUUUUUUCAAAAAUGAUCAA